GUUCUAUCAACAACAAGAUGUCUCUGCCUUCCAUUCUCACUGCAUGUCCAGAAAACCAUCCCCUUUUUUUCUCUCAUGCUACAUGUUACCGAGUUCAGCUAAUGGAGAGAGAAGCGAUCUUCAUACCAGCAGGAUGGUGGCACGAGGUUUUCACAUUUGGUCCCAUGACUGUUUCUGCCAAUGUUUGGUUUCCACCCCAUCCAUCAUGUCGACUCAGGCCCACUCUGAUGAUGCUUCACUCG